AUGUUAGCAAUACUCCUGCUCAUUCUGUUUCCGCUAAAGUGUUCAUCAAUCUACAAAGAUUUUUGUUUUUUUCGUGGGGAUGAAGGUGAUGGUUACGAGACAUUAGAAAAAUAUUACUAUAAUGCUACUAUUGGAAAAUGUGUUAAUUUCACGUACAGUGGAAGUGGGGGAAACAAAAAUAAUUUCGAUACAGAAAAAAUAUGUAAAAUUGCGUGUCAAUUAAGUGGCACAUUCGAUAGACGCAGCUGCGGAAUGGAUCCAGUCAGAGGCGUUUGCCCACGUAGUUACAUCCGCUGGUACUAUGAUAUCAAUGACGGUAUAUGCAGACAGUUUGGGUUUUGGGGAUGUGACAAAAAAAAUGGAAACGAUUUUCUGAGUGAAAACGAAUGUGAAGCGAAAUGUGGGUCACC